AUGUCGGAGACCCCGGCCACCUCCACAGGCGCUGCUGCGGGCCGCGAGGGGCUCAAACCCAAGUGGGCCAGCCAGGGCCAAAGACAGUGGGGCAGCGGAGCCGGGGCCGGGGAGAGGAAGGGAGUUGUUUACGCGACGAAAGGUGCUGGGGAAAAGACGAGGUCUGGAGAGCCUGGAGAGCCCGGGGAGCCCCAGAAAUGCAGAGCGCCCUGCCGGUCUCCGCCCCACCCGCCCUGGAGUCCGCCGGAGCGAGAAAAUUCCCUAAAAAGGGCCGGGGCGCGCCCGCGGGUGGGGGGAGGAGGCGGCCGAGGGCCCCAGGGCGUCCGGCUAGUGCAGCGGGCCCCCAGCCCUGGCCCGCCCGCCGCCUCUGCGCCCCCGCCGCUGAGCCCCUACCUGCAGCGCCCCGCGCCCCCGCUGCCUCGGUCUCUCGGCUCCGGCGAGACGGCGGCGGGGGCGUGGGAGCGAGCCGCGCCGGCCGGGGUGGGGCUGCGCCGCCGAGGCUCCCGCGGGACGGCCGGGCCCUGGGAGCCGGGAACGAGGAAGCGGCGGGCGGCGGAAGUGGGGGAGGGGCGGCGGCGGGCACCCGCGCUCGCCUCUCUCCCGGCGGCCUUGGGGAGCCCCCUCGGGCGCGGCCGCUCGCACUUCCAGGCCAGGGGAAAAGUUCCCGGCGCGCAUCCCUGCCCCGCAGCUGGCCGCGCUCGUCCGCACUCCGCCCGCUGCCGGGGCGCUCGGCUCCGCACGCUCAGAUCCACUUGCUGCGCGGCCCUCGGCAGCGCAUCCCCGCCGCGGGGACACGCGCGGGUUGUCGACCCACGCGCACUUGCUGCUGGCGACUCCCGGGCAGCCCCGCCGCAACGCACCCGCACCCUGGGCGAGAAGGCGCAGCGGGGAAGGGGUCCUGGUGGAGCGGGGAGGGCACUGACCCGGUGCCGCGCAUCAGGGCAGGUGCGCCGCGGCGGAGGGCCCCCCUGA